AUUUCAAAACAUAUACCACCAAUAGUUACCCUAAAAAUUUACGUCGAAACAAAAACGAGCGCUUCCCAAUCAAACAUCCCACAUCCACUCAUUCAAGAAUCACCUAAAUUAGUAAAAAUGGAGGAAACCUAAUCCCCAUUUCUUUCCUUAUCUCCCCUCCCCACCCCCAUUGCAUUCACGUUCUCGCGAUCAAUCCAAUUCAAAUCUCCUCCUCCUCCUCCUCUCGCUCCACAACCCCUCGUCGACCCUUUUCCGGGCGACGGUGGGUCCACCACCACCGCGUCCGUCAUUUUUUUCCUCCCACCGUUGCAUGUAAAAAAGAAGAAGAGAAAAACUUCCUCCCACCAAAAAGGGGGAAAAAAAUUAAAUAAAAAAUACUAAUAAUUAAAGAAUGGCGCCGCCGUCGAAGACACACCAGCUGCUGGAGAUCAACAUCAUCUCGGCGCAGGAUCUGCAGCUGGUGUCGAAGUCGAUGAAGACGUACGCGAUGGCGUGGAUGAACCCGAAGCGGAAGCUGACGUCGCGCGUGGACGACGAGGGGCGGAACAACCCCACGUGGAACGAGAAGUUCGUGUUCAGGGUGGAGGAGGAUUUCCUCAAGCAGGACACCUCCGCCGUCAUGAUCGAGAUCUACUCCAACAACUGGUUCCGCGACGUGCUCGUCGGCACCGUGCGCUGCCUCGUCGGAAACCUCAUCCCUCAGACCAGCCGCUCGCACAACGGCCAGCCUUACAUUGGCAUGCGCUUUGUUGCUCUUCAGAUACGCCGGCCGUCGGGUCGGCCACAAGGCAUCUUGAACAUCGGCGUGGCGUUGCUGGACAGCUCGAUGAGAAGCAUGCCGUUAUACACCCAGCCGGCGAUGUCGGCCGUGGGGUACCACGACCUAAUGGAGGAUCCGGACACGAUUCCGGAAUAUUACGGCAACGGGCCGAUGCUGCGCAGGAUAAGAAGCGAGCGCAGCGAGGCCACGGGGUUCGGCAACUUCUCCCCGAGCAGCUCCAUGAUCAUUGUGAAGGGCAAGAUUGAAGCUAAAGAGAGCUCCAUUUUGAGCAUCACGGAAUGCAUGGUUCCAGUUGAGAGUAUCAAGAAGGUGGGCAAGGCCAGUUCCGUCAUUUGUGGUGCAGAGCUCAGAGAUCAUGAGCGAACUAGACCAAUGUCCAAGAGAGGGAAGGCAAGUUCAGUAGUGAGCGAUUCGAUGACGAGCAGCAAAGAUGCCGGAUUUCUGAAGAAGGCGGAAUCUCCCUCAGCAAAGCUCGUGGACGUCAAACAGCUCGCGAAAAUCUACGACGCCAACGACGCCGCCGCCGCCGACAAGCCACAGGCCUCAACCGCCGCAAAACCUCAAAAACCCAACGGCGGCGACAAGGAUCCCGCGGCGCCGCAGCAGCAGUACGUGAUCGGCGCGAUGAAGAAGGGAAAUCAGGCGUGGUCGGACUCGGAGGUGGGGCCCUCGCCGUCGGAGGUGGCGGCGGUGAUGGCGGAGAGACGUUACCCGCUCGACGACAAGGAGAGCUCCGUCUUGGACGGGUGGAGCAUGGACGAGAGCGUCGAGGGGUUGAGGUCCAAGCUGGAGCGGUGGCGAAUGGAGCUGCCGCCUCUCUACGACAACGGCGGCGCCGGCGAUUUCUCCUCGAGCAGCUACAAGUCGUCGACGAGGUCUGGUAAGGCCGAUAAGGAAAAGGAUGGGUCGUUUUCGUGCUUUGGGAAUAUAUUUGGAUACGAGUGCCAAUGCAUCUGCGGGAAGCCGGCCGACGGCAAGAAGCGGCGGUCGACGUCGCCGGAUUCUUCGCCGGACAAAUCGUCCAUCUUUUGAAGGAGUGAUUGUGAGAAGAGGAAUAUUGGUUUAUGUGUCUUAGAGGGAACUAUAUUUUUAGUCUUCAAUCAAAUAAUGGUGGUGGUUUUAUUUAUUUUUUUGAAUACUACUAUGUUGUUUUGUUUUUGCUUUUUGUAUUUUUUGGGUGUUCGAUGAUUUGAAGUUUUGAUUUGGGAAUCUCGAUCAAAGAUUGAAGCGCAGAAAAUGGUGAAUGAUUGAUUGAUUGAUUGGGAGGUUUUUGGAGAGGGAUUUGAUUUCAUCCAAUUAGUUAUGUUUUGAUUGUUUUGUAAAUCUUGUUCCCUUUUGAGUGUAUAGAUAAAUUUCUUCAAUACCUCUUUUACGGUUAAUUAUUAAGAAUUAA